AUGGGGACCAGCGGCGCCGGGCACCAGCUGUCCAUGGCGUGCGGGCUGGGAGACCUUCACGGCCUCUCAUCUCCAUUAUCUUUUGCCAGAAUUGGGAACCCACUCAUUGUGGAAGCCGAGGGCUGCCUUGCCGCUGUCUACACGGGCCGGGCCGGCGUGGCCCCUUCUCUGUCUCUUUCCUCAGAGCCCUGGUUCUGGGGCUGUGGUCAGACCAACCUGUCCUGCAAGAUGGUGAAGGGGAAGCUGGUGGAGGCAGGCAAGUGGCCCUGGCAGGUGAGCAUCCUGUUCCUGGGCAUGUACAUCUGCAGUGGCUCCGUCAUCCACCACCAGUGGGUCCUCACGGCCGCGCACUGCCUGGAGAGGGAAAAUGUCACCUACUCCGUGCGGGUGGGGAGCCCCUGGAUUGACCAGAAGGCUCAGACUACGGCCGACGUCCGGGUGCACCAGGUCAUCCUGAACAGCCAGUUCCGGGCCCAUCGCUAUUGGUCCUGGGUGGGCCAGGCCAACAACAUUGCCCUGCUGCAGCUCGAGAGAACGCUCACCUACAGCAAGUACGUCUGGCCCAUCUGCCUGCCCGGCCUGGACUACAGGGUGAAGGACUUCUCCCUCUGCACCGUGACAGGCUGGGGGCUCCCCAGGGCGAACGGCACGUGGCCGCAGUUCCGGACCAUCCGGGAGAAGGAGGUCACGAUCAUGAACAGCAAGCAGUGUGAGGACUUCUACCACCGAUUCUCCAAAAUCCCCUCCCUGGUUCGGGUCAUCAACUCCCAGAUGAUCUGUGUGCAGGACACCGACAGGAAGCACUUCUGCUAUGAGACCAGUGGGGAGCCCCUGUCCUGUCCUGUGCAGGACACGUGGUUCCUGGUGGGGAUAGUGAGCUGGGGCCCCGGCUGCGGCCAGAACGAGGCCCCGCCCAUCUACCUGCGCAUCUCCACCUACCAACACUGGAUCUGGAAGCGCAUCAACGGGCAGCCUCUGCCAGCCCCGUCCAGGGCCCUGCUCCUGGCACUGUCGCUGCCCCUCAGCCUCCUUGCUGCCUGCUGAUGCUCCCAGGCCAUCU